UUACCAAAUCCGUAUGGCCAGUCUAAUGUGUCUGCGUCGAUUAGUCAAUCGGAACGUUUUACUGAUGUUGUGUCUGAGUUCACAGGCCAUCGUCAGGAUGUACACCCAGAGAAGUUCUUAAACCAGCUGGACCAAUACUUCUUGUAUAAUUGUCCACACGACGAUCAACGUGUUGAACUGUUUCAACGACGGUUGACCAGAGGUUCCCGAGUAUGGUUUGAUUCACUGAUGCCUGUUCCGACCACUUAUGAUGAGGUAAAGAGGUUGUUCCGCCAGCAGUUUUGGUCUGCAGACACACAAAGAAAAAUUCGGAAUGAAAUUUUCCAACCCUAUCAAUACCGUUCACCAGUGGGGAUCAACACUCAUGCUAUGACCUGGAUUGCUAAAGCUAAAUACUUAUCUCCCCCCAUCGAUCAAUUUGAUCUUGUUGGCAUAAUCAUACAGCAUUACCCAUCUACGUUGGGGAUGGCCAUCCGCGGUCGGGGCCCCCAAACGACGAACGCUUUGUUGGCCGUAUUGACAGAGAUUGAGGAAUCUACGUCCUUCUGCGAGGCCCCAGGCCCCCGCCAGUCAGAUCACGGGCCAACACCAUCAGCACGAAACCAUGACCAGCCAACACGAGAUCCUCACGACCGGAGAGGAUAUCAACCGCGUAAUAAUAAUCGCAACAACUACCGAAACGGUCCGAAUCGAAAUCCCCAAAAUGAUCACCGUCCUCCGGCUCAAAAUGAAGAACCGAUUCAUCAGCUAAACGCUUCGGGAAACGAACCACAGUCUCGCCAGUGAAUACGGCACCUGACGAGACUGGAUUGUCAUCCGAUUGCCACCCACCGAUCACCACCUCGAAUGAAU